AUGGGGGCCACAUGCUGCAUGCUGUGCGCUGUCGUCAGGGCAGAGGCGGUGAGGGCAGAGGCGGUGAGGGCCGAGGCGGUGAGGGCAGAGGCGGUGAGGGCCGAGGCGGUGAGGGCAGAGGCGGUGAGGGUAUGUGGGAAGGCAGCGAGGCGACAAGGCAUGGGCAGCAAGAAUGGCAGGGCGGGUGGCGGGAUGGCGUGGCAGGCGCCUCCGUUGCGAUCCGUGGCGCUGAGAGGGCGGGCGGAGGGACUUGGUGCAGUGCGGUCCGUGGUGGUGAGGACGAGAGGGGAGGGGGAGGGGGAGGGGGAGAGAGAAGGGUGCAGGGAAGGCGAUAAGGAGGAUGGGGUAGUUUUGCGAGAGCGUGGAGGCGUGCGGAGGGCGCGAGAAGGGGAGGCUGCAGGAGAAGCAGCAGGUGGAGGAAGAGGAGGAAGAGCAGAGGUGGGAGCACAAGGUGAGGAGGCAGAGGUGGGAGCACAAGGUGAGGAGGCAGUGAGGCGGCCGUGGAGGGAUGCAGCGGAGCCGCGCCCACCAGCGCUGACACCUGCCGGGCCAGCAUGUGCGCAUGGCUUGCUGCGUGCAUCCACACCCACAGCCGUCACUGCGUUCUCGCCUAAUGGCCUGCCAACGGCUGCCUGUGCUCCACCUCACAUCCCCACGCCCCCACGCUCUGCUGUCACCCACCCAGCGCCGCCCCCUCGCCGUCCACCUCCUGCUGCUGCCUCCCCCCUUUCACUCCUCCGCCUCCCACCACCACAUGCUUCCGCUGUCCCUCCUCCUCCACUCGUCCGCCUGCCCCCUGCACCGCCUGCCCAGCCCCAGCCCCCCACACGGACGCAGGCGCCCACAUGGCCCUACAGCGGCGCACAGCCAUCGCACUGUGCUGCCCCGCCUCCUCAAUGCAACGCCCCGCCUCUGCUCUGCCCACGCCCACGCCACUCGUCACCUCGUGCUCCCACACUCCCACUCCUCACUCUCCCCACGCCAUUCCCACAUUGCACGCCAUCGCGUCCCACUCCCAGUCCGCCAACACCCCAAGCCACCCUUGAAGGGACUUCCAAGGCUCCCUCGUUGGCGCGGCCAGCCGUGCACGCGGCCAGGUGCGCCGGCCUGGUGGGCAGCGCCUCGUUGGGGCCGCGCCUCGUGGUGCUCGCCCUGCCGGCUGCUGUGCGCGUGGGAGGUGACGUGGUGACGGGGGCAGCGAGGGUGGAGGGAAAGAGAGCAGCAAGAGAAGUGGUGGGAGGAGAAGAGAGGGCAGGGCGAGGUGCGAGGAGAGCGAGGGGUGUGAAGGCGGUGGGAGGAACAGAUGGAAGGAGAGGAAAGGAAGUGAAGGAGCAAAGGGGGUGGGAAGAGGUGCGAGUUCAGUUGCAGGAGAAGGCGGGGCAGGCAGAGGAAGAGCGAGGGCGAGUGGCGCGAGGCAAGGCGGCCAGUUGUGGGGAUGGUGGGCACUCCAUGCGGCCCACUGCUGCCCCACGCUCACAAGGCGCUGCUGCCCCGCGCUCACAAGGCGCUGCUGCCCCGCGCUCACAAGGCGCUGCUGCCCCGUGGCCAGCGCUGCUCUCUGCUGGUCCCCGGCAGACAGACGGCGUGCACGGCAGUGAGAAGGGCAAUGAGGAGGGUGAGGAGGGCAGUGAGGAGGGAAGUGAGGAGGGAAGUGAGGAGGGAGGUGAGGAGGGAGGUGCGGAGAGUUCAAGCAAAGCGGAACACGUGCAUGCAGCGGAACACGUGCAUGCAGUGGAACACGUGCAUGCAGCGGAACACGUGCAUGCAGCGGAACACGUGCAUGCAGCGGAACACGUGCAUGCAGCGGAACACGUGCAUGCAGCGGGGGAGGAGGAGGAGUAG